UUGGCUUUAGAACUCCAACUGGCAAUCAUAGCCGUACAAACUACUUCACGCCCUUCAAUGGCUUAUCUGCACCUGUCGACGUAUAACGAGAAACCUAGCUUAAUUAUAAGUUUCCGCUACUUCCGCACAUUAAUUAUAUUUGAAACCCUCCAAGAAAGAGGAGAGAGAGAGCAGGGCAAGAAAUCAGCACCAAUGUCUUCACCCCGCAUUAUACCUUUUGUCUUUGUCCUACUCAUGGUUGGGUGCUCUGCAAGAGUUCUUUACCCACUCCCCAGCAGAAGAAAUGACAGAAAUAGGCAACCGAUCCAAACAUUUCGGCCCUAUAACAUUGCUCACCGUGGCUCAAAUGGGGAAAUUCCUGAAGAAACAACUGCUGCAUAUAUGAAAGCUAUUGAAGAAGGUGCUGAUUUCAUAGAGUCUGAUGUUUUAUCCUCCAAAGAUGGGGUGUUGAUAUGCUUUCAUGAUGUAACCCUUGAUGAAACUACUGAUAUAGCCAAUCACAAGGAAUUUUUGGACCGGAAAAGAACCUAUGAGGUUCAAGGGGAUAAUGUCACUGGCUAUUUCACAGUUGAUUUUACACUUGAAGAGCUGAAGUCAUUAAGAGUAAAGCAGAGAUACUCAUUCCGGGAUCAGCAGUACAACGGAAAAUUUUCGAUUGUAACAUUUGAGGAAUUUAUUUCAAUUGCUCUGGAUGCACCCAGAGUUGUUGGAAUAUAUCCAGAGAUAAAGAAUCCAGUAUUUAUCAAUCAACACGUUAAGUGGUCAGGUGGUAAGAAGUUCGAGGACAAAUUCGUUCAAACUCUCAAAAAGUACGGGUACCACGGUUCCUAUUUGUCAAAACAAUGGCUUAAGCAACCUGCUUUUAUUCAGUCAUUUGCACCAACUUCUCUUACCUACAUUUCAAACAUGACCGACCUGCCGAAGAUUUUCCUAAUUGAUGACACCUCCAUGCCAACUCAAGAUACUAAUCAGUCUUACUGGGAGAUCACAUCGGAUAAUUAUCUUGAUUAUAUCAAGGAAUAUGUUGUUGGGAUUGGGCCCUGGAAGGAUACACUGGUUAUCCCAUCAAAUAAUUAUCUGCAAGCACCAACAGAUCUUGUAGCCAGAGCACAUGCCCACAACCUUCAGGUUCACCCGUACACCUACCGGAAUGAGAAUCAGUUUUUGCACUUCAACUUCAGUCAAGACCCGUACAAAGAGUAUGAUUACUGGAUAAACGAGAUUGGAGUUGAUGGGCUUUUCACGGACUUCACGGGCAGCCUCCAUAGGUAUCAAGAAUGGACCAAGCCUUUCUCCUCUGGGGAGGAAGAUGCAUCCAAGCUUCUCGACAAAAUCGUUACUUUAAUCUCAAAGUUCAGACACUACUAAUCUUUUAUUCUUUGUUCAGGCCUAUAUUGGCUUGUCCCAGUUUAGAAUGUGAUUUCAUAGGAUCAAAGAGCUCUGAAAGAUUCAAGGAAAAAAAUGAGGAAUUUUAUCUGGAUGUGUUUUUGGAUUAGAUUAUAUAAAGAAGGAAUGGUAAACUUUCAAAAGUAUAUAGAAACUAUUAUUAAUUAUGCCUUUUUGAUGAUGUGAUGUCAGUUGAAG